AUGACGGGGGCAGGAGAUGGAGGAGACAGGAGAUGGAGGAGACAGGAGAUGGAGGAGACAGGAGAUGGAGGAGACAGGAGAUGGAGGAGACAGGAGAUGGAGGAGACAGAAGAUGGAGGAGACAGGAGAUGGAGGAGACAGGAGAUGGAGGAGACAGGAGAUGGAGGAGACAGGAGAUGGAGGAGACAGGAGAUGGAGGAGACAGGAGAUGGAGGAGACAGGAGAUGGAGGAGACAGGAGAUGGAGGAGACAGGAGAUGGAGGAGACAGGAGAUGGAGGAGACAGGAGAUGGAGGAGACAGGAGAUGGAGGAGACAGGAGAUGGAGGAGACAUGAGAUGGAGGAGACAGGAGAUGGAGGAGACAGGAGAUGGAGGAGACAGGAGAUGGAGGAGACAGGAGAUGGAGGAGACAGGAGAUGGAGGAGACAGGAGAUGGAGGAGACAGGAGAUGGAGGAGACAGGAGAUGGAGGAGACAGGAGAUGGAGGAGACAGGAGAUGGAGGAGACAGGAGAUGGAGGAGACAGGAGAUGGAGGAGACAGGAGAUGGAGGAGACAGGAGAUGGAGGAGACAGGAGAUGGAGGAGACAGGAGAUGGAGGAGACAGGAGAUGGAGGAGACAGGAGAUGGAGGAGACAGGAGAUGGAGGAGACAGGAGAUGGAGGAGACAGGAGAUGGAGGAGACAGGAGAUGGAGGAGACAGGAGAUGGAGGAGACAGGAGAUGGAGGAGACAGGAGAUGGAGGAGACAGGAGAUGGAGGAGACAGGAGAUGGAGGAGACAGGAGAUGGAGGAGACAGGAGAUGGAGGAGACAGGAGAUGGAGGAGACAGGAGAUGGAGGAGACAGGCGAUGGAGGAGACAGGAGAUGGAGGAGACAGGAGAUGGAGGAGACAGGAGAUGGAGGAGACAGGAGAUGGAGGAGACAGGAGAUGGAGGAGACAGGAGAUGGAGGAGACGGGAGAUGGAGGAGACGGGAGAUGGAGGAGACGGGAGAUGGAGGAGACGGGAGAUGGAGGAGACGGGAGAUGGAGGAGACGGGAGAUGGAGGAGACGGGAGAUGGAGGAGACAGGAGAUGGAGGAGACAGGAGAUGGAGGAGACAGGAGAUGGAGGAGACAGGAGAUGGAGGAGACAGGAGAUGGAGGAGACAGGAGAUGGAGGAGACAGGAGAUGGAGGAGACAGGAGAUGGAGGAGACAGGAGAUGGAGGAGACAGGAGAUGGAGGAGACAGGAGAUGGAGGAGACAGGAGAUGGAGGAGACAGGAGAUGGAGGAGACAGGAGAUGGAGGAGACAGGAGAUGGAGGAGACAGGAGAUGGAGGAGGCAGGAGAUGGAGGAGACAGGAGAUGGAGGAGACAGGAGAUGGAGGAGACAGGAGAUGGAGGAGACAGGAGAUGGAGGAGGCAGGAGAUGGAGGAGACAGGAGAUGGAGGAGACAGGAGAUGGAGGAGACAGGAGAUGGAGGAGACAGGAGAUGGAGGAGACAGGAGAUGGAGGAGACAGGAGAUGGAGGAGACAGGAGAUGGAGGAGACAGGAGAUGGAGGAGACAGGAGAUGGAGGAGACAGGAGAUGGAGGAGACAGGAGAUGGAGGAGACAGGAGAUGGAGGAGACAGGAGAUGGAGGAGACAGGAGAUGGAGGAGACAGGAGAUGGAGGAGACAGGAGAUGGAGGAGACAGGAGAUGGAGGAGACAGGAGAUGGAGGAGACAGGAGAUGGAGGAGACAGGAGAUGGAGGAGACAGGAGAUGGAGGAGACAGGAGAUGGAGGAGACAGGAGAUGGAGGAGACAGGAGAUGGAGGAGACAGGAGAUGGAGGAGACAGGAGAUGGAGGAGACAGGAGAUGGAGGAGACAGGAGAUGGAGGAGACAGGAGAUGGAGGAGACAGGAGAUGGAGGAGACAGGAGAUGGAGGAGACAGGAGAUGGAGGAGACAGGAGAUGGAGGAGACAGGAGAUGGAGGAGACAGGAGAUGGAGGAGACAGGAGAUGGAGGAGACAGGAGAUGGAGGAGACAGGAGAUGGAGGAGACAGGAGAUGGAGGAGACAGGAGAUGGAGGAGACAGGAGAUGGAGGAGACAGGAGAUGGAGGAGACAGGAGAUGGAGGAGACAGGAGAUGGAGGAGACAGGAGAUGGAGGAGACAGGAGAUGGAGGAGACAGGAGAUGGAGGAGACAGGAGAUGGAGGAGACAGGAGAUGGAGGAGACAGGAGAUGGAGGAGACAGGAGAUGGAGGAGACAGGAGAUGGAGGAGACAGGAGAUGGAGGAGACAGGAGAUGGAGGAGACAGGAGAUGGAGGAGACAGGAGAUGGAGGAGACAGGAGAUGGAGGAGACAGAGGAGACAGAAUAUGA